UUCAGCCGGUGGCAGCCUGAACAAAAAACGACCACGACCACGACGACGACGACGACGUCAGCGACAAAUUCACCUGCCUUUUGACAGCGACAGCGAUUGGAGUGUGGAGCCGUCUGGUAGCUGUAGGCGGCAGGCGGCGGUAAGCAUCCUGUGCUGUGGGCAUGUCCACAGCCAAAAGACUGGUGCUCUCGCUACGUGGACGUAAAAAUUCGCAGGGCAACUCGGCGACAUCGUCGACGCGGCUCGUAUCCGCUGGCACCUCGCCGGGCCAUGAGCUGGACGAAAUAGCCGUUGUCUCCGGCACCGGUUCGACUAGCCAUCAUUUCUCCUAUGGCGGCUGCAUUGGCAAUAACAACGACGCCAUCAGCGCCGCGGCUGUGGCCUGUUAUUCAACAGCUGAGCAGCCGAACAAGGCCACGCCCACUGGCCGCCUUUGCCGUACUGCGGCCAUUGAUGGCGGUGACGCAGACGCCGACACGAUUGCUGGCUAUGACGUCAAAGCCACUAAAGCAAAUGAUGCCAGAGAUGACGAUGAUGAUGAUGAUGAUGACGCUGCAGCUGAACGAUGGCGGCCAAGUGUGCUAAAUGCAACAACUGUCGCACUGCCAGAUAGCAAACAAAACCAAACAACAACAGCAAAGCAUCAAAACAACAUAAAAUAUACAACAACAGCAACAACAACAACAGCAACAGCAACAAUAUCAACAACCAGAGCAACGAGUCUUGAGAAGGCGCCACGCGCUAGCUUUUUGAACAUAAUGCAGCCACGGCUAUCAUUGAACGGCAUGCUGAAUCCACCAUAUCCAUCGCUGAUGCCAUCACCGCGUCCUCUGUACCGUGAUCAUAGCUCCAGGUCCAUCAAUCCGCUGACUGCCUACGAGCAGCAAAUGGCGGAGCUCGAUGGCAGUUUCUAUGGCAGCAAUGCGGGCUAUUUGGGCGGCAGUGCCGGUGGUGGCACCACCUGCACCAAUCUGACUGCGGCUGGUGCUAAUACAGGCGGUGGCGGUGGUGUUGGAGGUGCUGGUAGUGGUGGUGGUGGUAUAGGUGCUGGUGCCAGUGGCACACAAAGUAAUAGUGGUGGUGGUGUUGGUGGUGGUGGUGCCUUUCAUACAACUGAACUUUCAAUAACACCAACAAUGGCAGCCGAUGAGCAGUUCAUUGAUUUGGGUAGCCUGCGUCGCUUCUCAAUCGAUCGACAGAGCUUUCUGGAUCUAGGCCCCAAGUUUGGCAUGUCCCAGCCGAAAUUCGGUCAGAGCGUCUCGCAACAAGGUUUCUUUACGUCGCAUGACAGCCUGGCCACACCAUGUGCAUCCCGAGCAUCGAACUCGCAUAUGGCCAACGUAAGCACUGCCUCCGAAAUGGAUUUAUUGCACAACAACAAGCAACGCCCCAACAACAACAAGUCGCGCGGACGUCUGAAAACAAUUGGCGGCGAUCAGCCACUGCUGGGCACCUGGAAUCGAUCCACAGGCCGCGGCUCGCAGGAUAACACGCUAGGUGGCGUCGGUGCUGGCGGCGCGUCUGCCGGCGGUGGUGCCACCAACAUGCUCAUGGGCCACACACAAUAUGGCGGCAACUACUGCAAUGGCACAGAUCGCUACCCGCGCUCACGCUCGCAACAGCACCACAAUGCCGGUCAAGCAACGCACCACCCAUACCAGCUGCAGCACUCGGCUUCCACGGUAUCGCACCACCCGCAUGCGCACGGCCAAUCCGCACAAGGCGGGCCCGGUCCACCUCACGGCGGCCAUCCACACCAUCAGUCACAUGGUGGCAUUGGUGGUGGUGCUGGUGCUGCUGGCGGUGCUGGCGGCGGCCACUCAACCCAGCCGCACCACCAGAAACCGCAUCGUACUGCCUCGCAGCGCAUUCGCGCCGCCACAGCUGCCCGCAAGCUGCACUUCGUGUUCGAUCCGGCGGGGCGGCUCUGCUACUAUUGGUCCAUGGUGGUGUCCAUGGCCUUUUUGUACAACUUUUGGGUGAUAAUCUACCGCUUCGCCUUUCAGGAGAUCAAUCGACGCACCAUUGCCGUUUGGUUCUGCUUGGACUAUCUGUCCGAUUUUCUCUAUCUCAUUGACAUAUUCUUUCACUUUCGCACCGGCUAUCUGGAGGAUGGGGUCCUUCAAACGGAUGCACUCAAGCUGCGCACUCACUACAUGAACUCGACGAUCUUUUACAUCGAUUGCCUGUGCCUGCUGCCGUUAGACUUUUUGUAUUUAUCGAUUGGCUUCAAUUCGAUACUGCGCAGCUUUCGUCUGGUGAAGAUUUAUCGAUUUUGGGCCUUCAUGGAUCGCACCGAACGGCACACAAACUAUCCAAAUCUGUUUCGAUCGACGGCCCUAAUACACUAUCUGCUUGUGAUAUUCCAUUGGAACGGCUGCCUCUACCACAUCAUACACAAGAACAAUGGCUUCGGCUCACGCAACUGGGUCUACCACGACUCCGAAUCGGCGGAUGUGGUCAAACAGUAUCUGCAGAGCUACUACUGGUGCACACUGGCAUUGACCACCAUCGGGGAUCUGCCCAAGCCCCGCUCGAAGGGAGAGUACGUGUUUGUGAUAUUGCAAUUGCUAUUCGGCCUGAUGCUAUUCGCCACGGUCCUGGGACAUGUGGCAAAUAUUGUGACAUCAGUGAGUGCGGCGCGCAAGGAAUUUCAGGCCAAGCUGGACGGAGUUAAGACGUACAUGCGCAUGCGGCGUGUUCCGAAUCAUCUGCAGGUGAAGGUCAUCAAAUGGUUCGAUUACCUGUGGCUCACGCAAAAGUGCUCAGACGAGGAGCGCGCCGUAUCCUGUCUUCCUGAUAAAUUAAAGGCUGAAAUAGCAAUUAACGUCCAUUUAGAUACACUUAAGCGGGUUGAGAUUUUUCAAAAUACCGAAGCGGGUUUCCUUUGCGAAUUGGUGCUGCGACUGCGACCCGUACUCUUCUCUCCGGGCGAUUACAUUUGCCGCAAAGGCGAGGUGGGCAAGGAGAUGUACAUUGUGAAUCGUGGACGAUUACAGGUCGUCGCUGACAAUGGCAAGACGGUGAUGGCCUCGUUAAAGGCAGGUUCCUAUUUCGGCGAAAUUAGUAUACUGAAUAUGGGCACCGCAGGUAAAGAACUUGGCAACAGACGCACCGCCAGCGUCCGCUCCGUGGGCUACAGCGAUCUGUUCGUGCUCAGCAAAAAGGACAUGUGGGACGUGCUCAAGGAAUAUCCGGCGGCUCGCGUUCGCCUCGAAUCGAUAGCCGUCAAGCGUUUGGAGAAAUACAAGAAGGCGCCACUGGAGAAAGUCAAAUACUUUAAUGUAGUUGCCAUGGGCCGUUGCCAGUCAACGCCGGGACUGGUGGAGAGCUGCGGUCGCACCACUUUGGAGGACAUGUGGCUGCCUCCCGCUGCCGGCAAUAUGCUGCAUCAUGUGCAGCAACAUCAGCAGCAACAGCAACAGCAGCAGCAGCAGCAACAACAACAGCAACAGCAGCAGCAACAGCAACAACAGCAGCAGCAGCAACAGCAGCAGCAGCAACAACAGCAGCAGCUGUCCCAUUCACAUGGCUACAGUCCACGCAGCUAUACGGAGCAUUUGGUGCGUGCCACCGACUCGCCGCGUUCGAUUAGUCCCAGCGCACACGGCUCCGAGGAGAGGCCAAGGAGUCGCGCCACCUCGCACCACUCAAUGCGGCCGCAGUCGCAGCCGAGUCAUACAGGUCACAUUUGCGAUUCGAGCUCGCAGCUGGAAUGCUAUGGCGGCGGCGUGGGUGGCGCUGGCGGUGGCACCACACCGCUGCUCGGCUCCCAUGAGGCGCUCGAGGAUGAGAUUAAGCGGCUGAGAGAACGUCUGCAUACCGUUGAGUCGGAGAAUCAGGCUCUGAACACUAAGCUCUCGCAGCAGCAAUGGGACCUGGAGAAUCGUCUGGCUGAGAUUGAAAUGCAAAUCUGUGGCGUUUCGUCCACGUCCAGCGUGGAUCCAGAGAAUGAGGCCGAGGAGCUGGAACGGAAUCGCGAGAGUAUCAUAUAACACGGGAGCGUGCUGCCCCAUCAGCAUCAGCCGAUCGGUAUGGUGUACAUAUCAUGUUCCUCAUGACUCCAUGAUUCAUACAAGAAAAUCGAAAUCGAAAAC